UAUUUGGAACUGGCAGAGUUCGGAAUCGCGGAGUUAAACAAGGGAAGUUGUUAGAAUAUUUUUGUGGUUUUGAUUGCAGAUUGGUGCCUUCCUAGCCUCGUAUAUUUUCGAUGCUCCAGAUAUUUGUGCAUUUAGUGAAUUUCAGUACUUGGUUUUCAAAAUGAAUUAUUACGGAUUAUUCGUCGCAAUACUGAAUUUGAGUGUGUGUUUUAUAGUUAUAAAUGCCUUCAAUUUGUCCCCGAAACCAAACAUAAUUUUCAAGUUGCCGACAAUUAAUCAGAAACAAAGUUCCUACUUUGGAUUAAGUGUUAUACUCAGGGAUUCAAGCGUUUACGUGGGGGCUCCACGAGCACAAUCUACUCUCCAGUCGCAGCUAUCUAUCGAUGAGCCAGGUGUGAUAUUUAAAUGCGUACUAAAAACUGGACGAUGUACUCCAUUCAAUUUCGAUACCAAAGGAGACAUUGCAGCAGAACCGAAUGACUACACGUGGGAUUCAGAGAAUAAAGAGCAUCAGUGGUUGGGAGCGUCUAUGGACGGUGGACCCCAUGAGAAAGAUCGUAUGGUUGUUUGCGCACCGAGAUUUUUUGCGAACAGCACUAGUCCUGAAGGGUAUCUAAUGCAUGGCAUUUGCUAUGUUGCCGCAAAUACGAUUGGCGACCAGCCAUCCGAAGUCCGUAAAAUCUCUCCUCUUCGUUUGAAACGCGAUCAAACUCGCGAAAUAAAUGGCAUGUAUUAUUUUUAUAAUGCUUAUGCCCAGAUGGGCUUCAGCGUGCACAAUGUUGAAAGCAAGGAUGAAAUUAUAUUCGGUGCUCCAGGUCUAGCAACAUGGAAAGGUUCGAUGGUUAGAUAUCGGGAGAAGGAUUAUAAGGAUCAAGAUGUGAGUAGAAGUCGACGCGAUACCCACAGGAGCAUAAGGAAGCGCGAAUUAAAAGAAUACAUUAGUGAUGUGCUACAACCGGAGCUUUGGGCGCAACCAAAUGAUACCUACUUUGGGUAUUCAGUGACAUCGGGUUAUUUCCAUGGGCCAAACUCGACAAAACUCUUAUAUCUAGCAUCAGCCCCACAAUCAGAUGCAAAAGAUGGAGAGGUUUAUCUAUUCUCAAUUGAGCCUACCCGGUACAGCACACUAACAAUCACUAAGCAAUAUGUUUUCGAAGGAACACAAUUUGGAGAAUACUUUGGCUACAGUCUUCUCGCUGAGGAUAUUAAUGGCGACAAUUUCACUGAUGUGAUUGUUUCAGCUCCCAACUACUACAUAACGAAUAGUUAUGAGAACGGAGCCGUCUAUGUAUUUCUUAACCUAGGACAAGUGCCCCGCAAAAGACAAGGUCGUCCGAGUAAAUUUAGACAGGUUUCAUUUAGCCAGCCAAUCAAGGUAACUACUGGAAAGCUAACAAGAGAGCGUUUCGGCACGACGGUUACCAAAUUAGGAGACAUAAAUUUGGACGGAUAUAAUGAUAUUGCGGUUUCUGCACCAUUUUCCGGGAGUGGUACGGUCUAUAUUUACUUGGGUGGACCAAACGGUUUAAGGCUGAAACCCAGUCAAAUCAUUCAAUCUCCAAAUCCCUUUUCAGCAGUUAAUCAACCAAUGUUUGGUUUUGGAUUAUCAAAAGGCGUCGACUUUGAUUCAAAUGGAUAUAAUGAUCUAGCAAUUGGAGAGCCAGGGCUCGAUGCAACGUAUGUUUAUCGUAGCUAUCCAGUUGUGAAAAUUAUUGGAACUAUUGAUUCACCAAGCCGGCAAAUUCAAAUCGACCAAAACAAGGUUCAAAUCAAAAUUUGUUGGUCACUACAGACUAGAUCCAAAAAUGUAACCGCGCAAGAAGUUAAUUUCAGUGUAAAAUUCGACCCGAUUUUAAAGAGGCUUCAAGUGCCUACUACAGAUACAACAUUUAAAGCGGUGGCAAAAGCUCAAACCCAAUGUAAAAUAUACGACGCUACAGUGAAAGUCUCCCUUCGAGAUAUUUUCCGACCAGUAGAAAUCGAUUUGUAUUAUAGUUUGGCCAACAGCAUCCAGAAUGUUAAUGCAUUUUGUGAAACUUGCGCAGUAGCUGAUCCUGAAGAUCCCAAGUUUGUCUCACAGAAAAUCGCAUUCAUGACUGGCUGCAAAAAUGAAACAUGUGUAGCGAACUUGAAACUUAAGAGUCUUGGCAUCAAGUCACCUUUUAUACUCGGAAGCAAGGAUAAUAUCAUAGUCAAAUACAUAAUUCGAAAUGAAGGAGAAAAUGCAUAUUUACCUCAGAUCAAUAUAACUUCAUCAAAUAAUAUGCCAUUUACAAGGAUUCCAUCUGCAUGUUCAUUACUACGUGUCGCUACCCUUCAAUGCAACCUCAAUGAUUAUCGACCUUUAGGAAACAUGCAAACUGCAUCCAUAGAAAUCAGCUUCGACAGUUCGAAUUUACAAGGUACAAAAGCCGUUAUCCGCGCGCAAGUAUUCAGUGUUGGAAACGAAUCUAAUCCUAUAGAUAACGUUGUAGAAGACGUUAUAUUGUUUACGGAGUUCAGUCAGGUUGAAGUAUCAGGAGAACCUCUUACACCUUCAAUAAGUUUGGAAGAUGGUCUAGGUUUUAAGAAAAUAAAAAAUCAAGCUGAGAUACGCAACCUUGGCCCUAGUUUGGUUAAGCAAAUGGAGGUGACCCUCCAGAUCCCGCUGGCUUAUAUUAUACCAAAAUCGCAUAUAGAAUUGCCUUUAAUUGAUUUCAACAACAUAACACUCGUUGCCCAAUACAACAACCGAAAUUUGGACAUAACUUACAAGCAAAAUGGAUCUAUUUUAAUUCCAACUCUUACAGCUCGAUCCGCAGCAACUCAAGUGGAUUCUAGUAAAUCCCCUAAACCGAUAACAGCUAAUAAAGACCAUACGCUGAAGAGCAUAUCGUCCCAGGAUUAUGACAGUAUCGCUAAAAGGCCAGUAGAUACCGAAAUAGCUAAAGAGCUAUCCGGAACUGUACCGAUAAACAGGACCGUCUUCUUUAACUGCUACGAAAACAGUGACGUCAAAUGUGUUGAAGCUAUCUUCACUGUUACUCAUUUCCAACGGGAAGCUUCCAUAAAUAUUUCAUUCAGUUACACCCUCGACUUAGAUAUCGUUAACAAAAUCUUGAUACCGGAGAAAGACUUUUUCGUAGUAACUACGUUGGUAGAACUUUCAAGAUUGGAUGACCUUAAGGGAACUACCAUACAGAUGAGUGGAGGCUUCCCGAACAAUACUAUUUCCAAACACCAUCUGUACAGCACUCCAAUCUGGGUGUAUAUCGUCUCAGCAAUCGGAGGACUGCUGAUUCUAUUGGGAAUCACUUAUGGAAUGCAUAAGCUCGGGUUCUUCAAGCGUGAUAAACUGCAAGAACUACAAGCUGCCAAACAUGAAACACAACCAUUAAACCAGGAAGCAAGUGAAACUUGAGAGCAUCGGAU